AUGGAGUAUAAUUUUCUGGCAUUUUUAUUCAUCCUCAACUCUCUGGCCGUCCACUGUGAGGUGGCCAACUACGAGUACGUGGCCACCAACAGAACAGGUUUGAAGAUGCUGCCCCUAGCAGAACAUCACGUGACCAGCACCAUGAUCAACUGUGCCUCCAAAUGUGCCAUCAGCAAAAACGACUGCCGGAAUCUCAUGUAUGACCAGACCACUGGCGUUUGUACCCUCGGUCACUGGAUGAUUCCAGAAAACCGUGUCGACGUGUCAGUCCCUCAGCCACCACCCGAGGCCAAGUAUUUCUCCUUGGACAAGACGUUCUGUCAAGUCAAUGAGACGGUCAACUUCAUCGGCAAUGAGCAAAACUCUGUGAUUGUAAACAAAAGCAAUGUGAUUUACAACACAUCAACUUACAAGUCAUGCAUGGAUCUGAGGAACUCCAGCAACCCCAGACAACUUUUACAACUGUCGUCUGGUCUUGUCGUCAUGUGUGACACAGUGACAGAUGGAGGGGGCUGGACAAUUUUCCAACGUCGCGUCUCCGGUGUCGUGGACUUUUACCGCAACUGGGAGGAAUACAAACACGGGUUCGGAGACUUCGACGCUGGAGAAUUUUACCUGGGCAACGAAAACAUUUACUGUCUGUUGAACAGAUCACACGAGCUAAGAGUCGACUUUACCUACCUAGGCCAAACGUACUACGUCUCUUAUUCAGUUUUUAAACUGUCGAACGAGAGUGAGUUCUACAGACUUUAUCUUAGUGGAUUCUCGGGUAACGGCACGAGAAUUCUGGAAGACAACAGCAACCGCUGGUUCGCAACCUACGACAGGGCUUAUGACAGCAGCGGCAUCUACUGCGCCACUUGGCUCCAAGGGGGGUGGUGGUACUCUGGGUGUGGCUACACCAAUUUGAACGGGGUCUGGUCGAACCGAGAGUUCAUGAAAGGCUUGAUUUGGUACUACAUCACACAAGAUAAAAAUAGAAUUAACACAUCUGAGAUGAAAAUUAGGCCCUUGUAA